CAGAUUCGUCUUUGUCGAAGAUGAGCCCCUGCUCUGAAGCGGGGAAACCCUGCAACCCCUGCCUGGACGCAGCGAAGGCGUGCAACCUCAACGAGACGUGCAAACGUCUGCGAUCUGCCUACAACUCCAUCUGCAGCAAGGCCACUCCUCCGCAGCCCUCCCUGGCCAAUCAGGAGCCGUGCAGCCGGAAAAGGUGUCAGAAGGCUCUGCGGCAGUUUUUCGAGCGGGUGCCGUGGGAGCUGAGUUACCCGCUGCUGUUCUGCUCCUGCCCCGACCAGGCGUGUGCCGAGCGCCGCCGCCGCACCAUCGUCCCGUCCUGCUCCCACCAGGAGAGGCACAGACCCGUCUGCCUGGAGCUGCGACACACCUGCCGCUCAGACGCUCUCUGCAG